CUGUGUACGGUACACACAGUUGAAAAUAUAUUUAUUACGAGAGACGAUUUAGCCCUUAAUGUCAUAGCCUUAAAAGCAUUAGCAUCUUGCCGAUAAGUGGAAGAGAGAAAGAUAGUGGCAGUAAUCCCGCCGACAAAUUGUUUAUGCAGAAAUUACGUGUUUUGCGGGUUUAUAAAGAACACCCGGUUCCCUCGAUGACCUCAAAUGUGGCCACGAUGCGAGCAUUGCUGUUCUUGGUGCUCUCCGCUUCGUCCAUACUUUGCGCGGUUUCCCGCCACGGUUCAACCGAUUAUCGAGAAAGAAUCGUCUCGAAGUCAGCUAGAUUUCCGGGACUCGUAAGACCCAGGAUUAUCGGAGGGGAAACGGCCGCCAUAGAGGAAUAUCCAUUUGUGGUUUCGUUGCAGAACAAUGGAACGUUUUUCGGUCACCAAGUCGAGCAUUUCUGCGGCGGUGCUAUCGUCGGGGAAAAGUGGAUAAUAACAUCGGCGCAGUGCGCCCUCAGCGUACAACAAGCGAAGCUGUUCCACGUGAGGGCGGGCACGUCGCGUUAUUACGAGGGCGGUGACAAUUACGGUGUCCAAAGUGUCGCGAUUCAUCCCGCCUUUAACGCAAUUAAUUACGACUACGACGUCGGCCUCGUUGAGCUCUCCGACAGGAUAACGUACGACACCACGAAACAACCCAUCAAAUUGCCUAAAACGCAUUCGAUGAUAGACGACGAUUCCCUGGUUCUGGUUCUCGGCUGGGGUGCAUCCAGGUUAUUGGGCCCAGUCUCGAACGAACUUUUAUACACCACGAUGCGGAAAAUUAAUAACCAGGAUUGCGAGGAGGCAAGCGGUGGCGACUUAAUAACAAACAGGAUGUUUUGCGCCUUAUCGGACACCGCUAGACCCUGCGUCGGGGAUUCCGGAUCUCCUCUUAUUUUUCACGGCGCGUUAUUCGGUAUUACCUCUUGGAGUCGGUCUUGCGAAUGGCAGUAUCCAACCGUUUUCACGGCCAUAGCGGAAGUGAAAGAUUGGAUCGCUAAUGUAACCGGUACACUUUGAUUCCUUAUUUGAGGAUUAUCGAGCGACUUGGGAUGCAUUGUAAGGUUCUAUAUAAUACUUGCUACAUUACAAUGCGUCUUCCUUUACAAUAUUCUCAAAGAACUUUGAGUUUCUAUAUAUAGUUGUAUGUUGAACAGUCUACGAACCGUCUUGAAUCUUAAAUAUAUGCUAAAAUAUUGGAGGAAAUGUAUAUUAACUUUACGAGGGAAAUAAAUGUAUUCUAUUCGAGAUAUGUGAUAUAAUCGUA